CCACUGUGGAAACACGUGGCGCUGUUGAGACUGAGGCAGACAAGCGUCUUCUCUUUUUCUCCUACUGUGUGACUCAUUCACAGGUUAUUUAUAGCUUUUUCGUCGGGGAUUCAGUCCGAGCUUUCGGGAUCAGUAAUGAGGAUGGAGACGGUAGACCGUUGGAGGAUCUGUUUGUGUCUUUUUGUUACAGUGUUCAGCUCUUCUCGGGGAAAUCAUCAUCCAACAAGCCCAGGUGAUUCAAUAACUGCAAUGCCCAGUGAUACACCUGUAUUCAAUUUGAAUUCAACUGUAAUGGGAAUUAAUAACUCUACAGCAUCAACAGCCAAUACUAUCAAUGACACUGUCCCUCAAGCAGACAUUGGAAGUACCAUGGCUUUUACUUCUAUGACACCAAGCCUGACAAGUGAAACUAGCUUUAACAAUUCAUUAGAGAAGUCAACUGUCAGUAUGCUAACUACUGCACCAAAUAUCAGCAACCUAACCCAAAAGAGUGGAUUGGCUAAUAAUGAUACAAGCAGUGACCUGCAAAGGUCUGUAAAUAACAGUAGUCCCAUUCCAAAAUUUGUGAGUCCCAGCGUUAGCUCCGUUGUAACAGAGUCAAAUGAAGUGAGCUCUACUGUCAAAAUUACAGCAAUCCCAAAGCAAACAGAGACCUCUGUGAAAGUGUCUUCAACUUACAAAGACUCCAUGCUCACAGUUAAAUCAACUGGUAUGUCUUCUACAUCUGCUGGACAGAAGGAAUCAAAAGAUGCAACCAGUAGCUUUCCAACUGAACAAUCCCCAGUGUCUACAACUCUACCAAUGCAACCAACUUCCAAGACCAGGUUAACUUCCAUGACAACCAGUGGCUCUGUAAUGCCAUCCACUGUCAUCAUGCGCCUGUCCACCAGUCACACAAGCCCCACCACCACCACCACCAUCUCGACCACCACUGCCACAACUGUGAGAGCAACUGCUCGAAGAGGCACCACAAUCAACAUAGCAACCACUUCAUUUUCUGUGCAGCAUAUCGAGGGGAAUUUGGCCAAUACCAAAGAGAUGGUGAAUGGGAGGCCGGUUUCUAAUCCAAAUGGAACCAGAAUGGACCCUCUUGUUAUAGGACUCACCACAGUUUUCUUUAUAAUUAUUGGAAUUGUUUCAAUACUUGGGUUUCUGAAGUACCGUCAGCGAAACAACCAACCAGAAUUCCGGCGUCUUCAUGAGCUCCCAAUGGAUGACAUGAUGGAAGAGGAUACCCCUUUGUCUCUCUACAGCUACUAGACGUCUGCUGCCAACAAACUCAUCAACUUGCACAAUGUUGCAACUACUGUGUUUUGAAGUAUUGUUAGCUGGCAUGCUAAGGACUUUGUUUUUGCAGUUUUCUUUUACGUGAGCCAAAUUUGCAUUUAAAAUGUGUAUUUGCUGUGUUUUUUUUUGAAACCCCCAUUUGGGGAACUGCUAGGAUUGAACAUUGGUCAAAAUUGAGAUUUAUUCCCUGCCCAAAAUAUUUCCCUUUUAUAUCCAUGGACCUUUUUAACUAUACCUGUUUAUUCAACCAAACUUGUAAGUUUGCAACUGUUUAAAAACAAUUAAGAGGCCAAUGAUGAUCAUUCCUGUAUGUCUAAACUUUUAGGAGAAAUUGCUGUUGUCCAUUCAGGUGCCAAAGGAACUAGGGGGUCUAAGAUUUGCAUUAACAAAUAUCAGGAAGUCUGAAGAUUUACUCUAAAUGGUUUGGGUCUGUUCUAGUCAACCUAAUGUAUCAUAUUAUGAAAUUGUACUUCAUAAUUAGCACAUGUGGGUUGAUUUGAACUCUUAUUCUACCAAAAUCUUUAUCAUUUGCACUCGAUGCUGAUUAUGUUUUUGUUUGAUCAGGAAGUAUUGGUGUUGUAAGCAACUACUUGGAGGGAAUAAAACUAGUUCAAUUUUAUUACUUGAAUUAAAUUUUAAAAUUGGUUGAUAGAAAAAUCUUGAUUGAAUUUCAAACAUUUUGGAAGAAAAUGUAAUCUUUAUUUCCGGCUUCCCUAAUAAUAUAGGGAGUUACAUUGCACCAUAAUGGAUCAAAUCUCACCACUAAUAAAAGGAACUGAAAUGUGGAAAUUAAAGGUGUGAUAUGAGUCAAAGGUAUGACUUGUAUCUAAAAGCCAAUGUUCUCUUGAAUGCUGUAGUUUCCACCUUUAAUCUAGAUCAGUUCUCCUACCAUUGUAAUGCCUUUGAUUCAAACCUUUUGAUUCCGAUUAAAUCCUAGUCCAUGUCCAGCAAAGUGAACAAUUCAAUUACGUUGUUAUAGCCAAAUCAAACUUUUUUGUUACUGGUAAAGCUACAAUGAGAGAUGUUGUCUUGGUUGCAAGUUCCAUAUAUACUUUGAGAGUUCAGGGGAUGAUGUUACAUGAUUUGCAGUAAUUCUUUGAACUAUUAUUAGGGUGCCGCCCUCAAAACUUUUAUUUUGCAAGCUAAUUUUUUUUUAAAAAAGUUCUUGAUGCAGUCUGACUCAGAUGUCUGUUGUCAUAAUUGAUUCAGCUGGUAAAAAAAGUUAUGGCAGAAGGCUUAAGUUGUAAUUGAGAUUAUUCCUGUUUAGUUGAAUGUGAUCAAUACACAUUGAAUGUCAAGUUUGGAGAGUUCACUUUUUUUCUUUGUCUACCUUUCUAUUUGUAACAAUGAUAAAUUUCUGUAAAGUUGUAAUGUCUGACCCUCUCCAAAUCUGGGAUUAGGGGUGCUUUUUUGUUCCAACCUUUAGGUAAAAUGUUGCCUAGUUCAAAGUUAAAUACCCAGGAUUCAAUUCAAGGCUGAGAUGGUUAUAGACUAGUUUAUUGCAGAUUUAUUAUUUUCUGGUAUAGAUGUCACUUCCUUCAUUUGUCUAAUAUUUACACAACAGGUACAUCAGCGUUUCAUAUUCUGGGUCGUGUAGAACUGUUCAUGGUUGUCACAGAGAUGGAUCACAUGUUUUGUCUUUUAACCUUGCAUUUCACUUUUAUUGUUAUAAUUUCUUUCAGGUUUUAUCUUCAAAAAUUGCCACCAUGAGCAUGGUUCAAAUCUUUCUACCCUAAUCAGUUAUAGAUCAAGAUUAUGCUUUACGUAUUUGCUCGUUUCCACAGGAAUGUAAAUUAAAUGUAUUACAUAAACUGGAGAUCUAAGCAGAUAAAGGCAUUUCCAAAGAUCUCCUAAGCCUAUUUCACCAUUCUGAGGUCAAAGCUGAUGUGUGGACACAUGUGUGAAUGAGAGAUGAAAAAUUACUUACUUGCUGAUUUUGCUCUUAAGUGACCUAGCUCAAAUUUUAAUGUGAUUCCUCCUUGUUCUGUAUUUUUCCUCACCAGAAGUUCUCUGAGUGUACCCUAUCAUCAUCCAGUAUACCAGGUGUCUCUCCACAACUGAAGCAUCACUUCCCCUUUUGUAUUCCAAAUCCCUUAAUGGAACAUUCUAUUUGCUCUUUCGUUACCUGUCUACACAAACUUUCAAAUCCCAUUGCUGAUUUGCAGCUUUCCCUAGAAUUGAGAGUAGUUGUAUUUCUGGCCAAUUGCAAUCAUAAGGUGAAGGAUUGUGAAUACGUUUUCUGGGUUUUUUUUGAGGGGGAGAAAAGUACAUGUCAGGUUGCGUAUAUUUGCACUGAACUGAAUUGUUAAAUACUUGUAGUAGAGCUGAGAAACACACUGACUGCAGUUUAUUGCUGGAUGAUUUGAGAUUCAAGCAUUUAAACAAGUUAACCACACAAGUUUUGUGGUGUUGGUUACUUUGUACUAUAGGUUCCUCUUCCUUGUGUAAAAGUCAUAAUUCAAUGCAGUGUUGUUGAUUUUUGUCUGAGACUGGACAGGGUGGAAUAUUAAAUGGGCAAAGUGGCUGCAAAGUGAUUUUUUUUUUCUCUUCAGUCAUUCCUUGAAAUCAAAUGCAAUAAGUAUAGGCCUAGCCAAUACAUAUGGAGAAUUCCUAUUAACUGUUGCAUGGUGUGCUUACACAAUGAGUGAUCCAAAACAAUGAUGAACAUAUGCCCCCUGGUGGAUUUCAGCUAUCAGUUGGAAAUAAAGGAAUAGCAAAUACUGAAAUUGGUAUGUAUUCAAGGUUCUUUUUAAUCCUCCCAGUUUGUAAAUAAAAAUCUGAUUCCCAAAAAAACCGUUUAACCUAGUACUAUUUCACUUCUGUUUGCUACACUUUUACCUUUCUUUAACAAAUGAAUCUUUUCGAAGAUUGAGUCAGGGACAGAAGAGAUGAGGGUGUGUCUGUCUGUCUGCGUCUCUCUCCAUCCCAGAUCAUUGAUUAGGCCAAACUUUAAUUCACAUGUUGGCAAAAUUGAUUUGUUCCUUUUUUGAUGUUCGGGAAACAUUAAUUCAACAUAUCUUUUAACUGAACUGUCAAUAAAGUAACAAUUUUAGUUGGAUACAACAAUCUAGCUCCUUAAAUUUUUCAUGUAUGUUUGUCUCCCACACCCAAAUUUUCAACUAGUUGACUGCAAACCUACUGGUCACAAGGAAAUGUGCUAAAGCAGAAGUUGCUAAAAUUAUCAAGGUUAUAGGUAUGGGGGAAGAAACUUGAAAUAAAUUAACUGAUCAAGUGACUGUAAUAAUUUGAAGUUAUAAUGCAAAAUCUGUAAGAGUUUAAAUCAAUACCUGUGCUGAAUUUUAAGUACUCUUAUGAGGUCAUAUCUCGAGUACUGCUGUGCCUGUUGUCAAGAGGCUAUUCAAGUUUAGAACCAGCAUACUAGAGGACAAGGUUGAUCCUAAGAAAAGCUUUCGAGGAAUGACCAGUGCCCUAAUGGUGUUCAACUUCACUGGUUGUGAAAUAGCUAGAUCCUUUAAUGGUGGGAUAAACAUUUUAUGUAAGGAAGAGAUCAAGUAGCUGCUGCCUAAAUCACAUGAUUUUGUCAUUCUUUCUGUAUUUUAUUCCAGGUUUUGAUUUGUUUCUUUUAAAUUUUUGAAUUUUACAAGAAUGCAUGUAGUUUGAAAGUUAUUGUACUGUGAUAUCAGGUGACAUAAGUUAAUGUAGAAACAAAAACAGAAAUUGCUGGAAAAGCUCAGCAGGUCUGGCAGCAUCUGUGGAGAGAAAUCAGAGUUCAUGUUUCAGGUCAGGUCACCCUUCAGAACUUGUGGCAAAACUUGUUUUCUGAUAAACUUGCAAUCUAAGAAGUCUGUUACCUUACAAAGGUGUCUGUUUAGCAAUGGUACAAAUUACUACACCUGAUGUGAAGGGAGACUUGCAGUGAAACAUCCUGUAAACUAGCAUUUAAUAAACCUUUUAGCUGGGUUGGUAGUGUGGGUGGAUUGCUAAUACUUUUAAGGAUGAAAGCCAUUAUUGUUGUAUUUGUCUUGUGCACAAAUGUGAUACCAGUUAUAUUUUGUUAAAAAUGAGAAAUUUCAAUGUGGUAUCAUUAAAUUUAAAGUGUGUGAUCACUUUCAAAUAGCAAUUUUCUGUCAUAACAUGCAACUACCAAAGGUAUUAUGCGGUCCAGAUAUUUGCAUUUUAAAAAAGUUCUGUUUAGCCAUUAGUAAGACUACACAAUCAAGAACAUGUUGUGAGAGAAAUUCCAAACGUUAGAACUUGCAGUACUGAGACAUCAAACUCAUUGGUACCCUUAGUUACAUUCCUAUUCUUUCCUUCCUGUUCUAUGAAUACGAUUACCAGCCUGCUGGUAUUGCCAAUUUGUCAUUUUUAGUGCAAACUUUUACUUUUUUUUCCAGGUCUGAUUUUGUUUAGAAGGUUAAUUAUUUUUCAUAAUCCUUUUGUGAUCUGCAUUUUAUGGAAUAGAACACAUUUGUGAACUGAGGAGGUGCCUAGUUUGCACUAUUUGAUUUUUCAAGAAAACAAAGCUGUGUGGAAGAAUUUGCUGCAAACGUUAGUAUAAUGUUAAUUUCCUAUGGAAUGUAUGUCCUUGACAGGAAGUAGGAAAUGGAGUAUUCUGAUUGAAGAGUUGUUAAUUUUAUACAAUUGCCUUGUUUUUGUUUUAUUAAAAAUUGGUUUUCUCUUCAA